AUGGUUGGAAUAGACGAGUUGGACCUUCCGGCAGCCUCAAUAACAAAAGUAGCCAAAAAAGCACUCGACAAUAAUGCAUUAUUCCAAAAAGACGCGCGUAUGGCAGUAACAAAGUGCACUACUGUCUUUAUAAGCUUUCUGACUAACUACUCGAACGAGUCGGCCAGAAGCAGAGGGAAAAAGACUAUCACGGCUGACGAUGUAAUCAAAGGAAUACAAGAGCUUGGAUUUGAUGAAUUUAUUCCAAGGAUGAAGGAUAUGGUUGCUGGAAAACGAAAAAAGGCUACAUGA